AUGAGUGAACCAGCGAAGGAGUUCGAAGUAAACUCUGACCCGAGUUUAUCUAACGUUGGUGUUACGCGUGAUUUAGGAAAUGCGCCGUCGUUUAUAAACCCAAUGCCAUCUACGUCUACGGCUGGUGCUGUGGGUCCCCCUGCUUUGCCCCCAAGGCCUGAUAUGGGAAUGCAGCAAAGUUAUGGGAUGAAUCAAGGAUACUCUUAUGGAGGAAUGGGAGGAUAUGGUAUGGGGACCAUGGGGGGCUACGGUGGAUACGGCAUGGGGGCAAUGGGAGGCUAUGGAGGAUACGGAGGAGGAUAUGGAAUGGGAGGAAUGGGGAUGGGCUCCCCAUAUGGUGGUUACAACAGUUUUCGACCAAUGUAUGGUGAUAUGGAAAGCAGAUUUAUCCAAAUGGCAGAAGAGAAUUCUAGGCCAGCGUUUGACUCCAUUCAAAGCUUCGUUAACGCGGUGGGCAGCGUCGCCAUGAUGCUGGAAAACACAUUCUUCGCUCUGACUAGCUCAUUUAGAGCUAUUUUAGGUGUAGCAGAAAACUUUGGUAGACUUCGAUCAUUGUUUGCACAGUUCUGGUCCACAUUUGCCGUAGUCCGUAGUCUCAAUUGGAUGGUCAGGAAGCUCCUGGUGAUCAUGGGCAUCAGGACUGAAUGUGAAUUUAAGGCAUGGGCAGAAGCAAUGGCCGCCACUCAAGCGGGCACGGCCAGCCCUGAGCAGAGGGCCAAGGGCUCCAGUUGGCCCAUCCUGAUGUUCUUCGGAGUGGUGGUCGCAGCACCCUACUUGGUGCUGAAGAUGCUCAACGGACUGUCUUCGAGCAUUAAUGAAAAAUUAAACGACCCAACAACAUGGCAGAAUCCUCUCCGAGCGGUCGCCCAACACGAUUUCGCUGCAACUUCACCGCAAGAACUAAGCUUCUCAGCCAACCAAGUGUUAACCCUUGCGCCGCAACACCUUCAGACCCAAUUAUGGAACACCGGCUGGCUUAUGGCCACAACUGACCGGCAACACGCAGGUUUAAUCCCAGUCAAUUAUAUCAAAGUUAUCAAACCGACUAAUCAAGUCGAAGGCACGCAAAACGAAACGCAAGAGAAACCGGGACCCAGUAUAGCGGAGCUGGACAAAUUGUAUGGACAAGAAUUAUAAGGUUGGUACUUGUAAUUGCUGGUUUUGAUAGAAUUUUUAGAAGUUUUGAGUGGAAGCGAAAAUAUAUGGGAAGAGGAAAUUAUUUACAAACGAAACUUAAUGUAACGUACGAUAGCACAUCAAGCUAUAAUGUGGCAUCUUAUUCUUAGUUGUAAUAAGGGCGAUUUUGAAAAAAAUUGUCUGAUGUGCUGUUCACUGUACUUAAUUGAGUUAAUCUUCAGAAAUACAGUCAUACUUCUUACAAAUGUUAGUUUUGUACCUAAAUUGACCAUUUGAGUAUCAAACUUUAUUAUACGCGUAGAAAAAUGCAGAUAAGUGACUUAGGUUUUUAGUAAAAAAAACUACUUUUUACUACUCAUAAUAUUACAAGACUAAUAUACACAUAUUUUCGUUUUCACUCUAAGGAAUAGAAAUGAAUUACGCAUUACUUUAUAGGCAAAAUAUAUUCUGUCUCGAAAUACGGUGAUGGAAAAGCAAUAUUGUAUAUAAUUUAGUAUCUAAUUAAAUUACCAUAUACAAAAUGACUCUGUUAGAAUAUUUGAAAUUGGUGCCACAGCUAUUAUAGUAUGCUAUUUAAAUUAUACACAUGUUAAGUACUUAGAACAAAUCAGCUUGAAAAUAGAUCACAAAUAAUAAUUGUAGAUAAAAUAUAAGUUUCUUUGGAUAAGUUACACCUCACACAAUCAAAAAAAUGCACUUUUUCAAAAUGCGUUUAAUAUUACAACCCGGUUCAGUUAACUGCGUACCUGGCAGCCGUGACGUCACAUCGACGCUCUAUCCAGCGAGAUGCGCAGUUAGCUCUAUCGGGUUUUAAAUAUUUGCAUGCAAACUUUACAACAUUCAUUUUUAAAAUAAUUAUACAUUUUGUAACGUUCAACACCAGUGGCGUACUGUCUGUCUACUAUGGUACACUAUGAAAAAAUCUGUGCCAUAAGUGGUACAUUAAACAGUUAAAGUGUUAAAUAGAUACAUACUGAUAUUUCCUGCCAUUAUCAAUUGGCUUUAAAAUAGUUAAAUCUAGUCUCUAACAUUACCAAUUUUGUAGAACUUUUUCUGACCGAAAAAUACCACUUGUAAAAGCUAGGAGCAGUGUUGGGUUAGCUUUAAAACAAAUUGACGGUGUGAAGCAAUUAUAUGUCUUAUUAGUAUGGGAAUAGGGACUAACACUUGAACCGCUAUGCAUUUAUUCUUUAUUUUAUAAUAAUGUCUCGUAAUUCUACGCUAGUUGCUUGAGCAGUAGAACAAUGUAAAAUAGAUAUUCUAU